CUAGGCGACGUCCAAUGGGCGUGUCCGGCUGUCAGUUGCCGGAUGACAUCACAAGAUGGCGCCGGGUGGGGAGGGGGAGGACAGAGCCGGGCGGAAUCGCUGUGCGGGUGUGGUCUUUGUGCCCCCCGAACAGAUGGACCCUCGGCCCCUGUUCCAGGCUGUGGACGCCCUCUGUGAUGAAAACAUAAGUCACUUUGGAGAGUCUAGUUCUGAAGUGGGCUCCCGCUUGGUGCAGGCAUUCUCCCGAAUUCAAGAGCAAAUCAGGGAGAUAGAACCGGCAUUACGUGCCCUAGCUGCUGUAUGCCCCCUCUUUGACUUGGACCCUUCUACUCCAGCAAAUGGGUACCGCAGCCUGAUGAAGGUGGUGCUGUCCUGUACUCAGUACAUUUUACACAAGUGCCGAUAUGUGACAGACAACCGGCGUAGCCUCUUUUUUCGUGCAGCACACAACUGUUCCGAGCUAGAGGCCUAUGGCUCUGCACUCAUACAGCUCCGUGCCCUACUCUGCUUUGCACAGCGGCUGCUUACAGCCAACCAGCAUGGAGACCUUUUCUUUUGGCAGGAGCGGGGCUUAUCUGAAGAGUUCCUAAGAGAGUAUAGCACCAUGCACAAGGGCUGCUUCUAUGGCCGAUGCUUAGGGUUCCAGUUCACCCCUUCGAUUCGCCCAUUCCUUCAGACUAUCUCCAUCGGAUUGGUGUCUUUCGGUGAGAAUUACAAGCGCCAUGAGUCUGGGAUCAAUGAGGGAGCUAUUGGGACUUACUAUGGUGUGGCUGCCAGUUCUUUCUUUAUAAGUGGGAGAUAUGCAAUUGACCCAGAGCUUCGGGGAGCAGAAUUUGAAAGAAUCACUCAGAAUUUGGAUGUGAACUUUUGGAAGACGUUCUGGAAUAUCACAGAGAUGGAAGUGCUUACGUCCAUAGUUGGCAUUGCAUCAACCAAUGUACGUAUCAACAAAUGCCUGUCUGUGCCCCCGGAACCACUGGAGAUGCCUCUAUACUCUGAUCCCCGACUUACAGUCACCAUUAAUCCCCCUGUGGCUCACACUGGCCCUGGGCCAGUACAUAUGCGCUUAAUAUCCUAUCAGCUGCGGGAAGGGCAGGAGAGUGAGCAGCUUAGUGCUCUGAUGAAACCUGAGGGUCCUUUAAGCAUAGACCUUCGUCUCCGAUCCCGUCCAGCUCCACUGUCUCCUGACCUCAUCAUUCACUUCCAUGGGGGAGGUUUUGUGGCUCAGACUUCCAAGUCCCACGAACCUUACCUUAGAACAUGGGCCCAGGAGUUGGAAGCACCGAUUCUGUCUGUCGAUUACUCUCUGGCACCUGAGGCUCCCUUUCCGCGGGCACUGGAGGAAUGUUUCUAUGCAUAUUGCUGGGCACUAAAGAAUUGCCGACUUCUAGGUUCCACAGCAGAGCGUGUCUGCUUAGCUGGUGACAGUGCUGGAGGUAAUCUGUGUAUCACUGUGUCACUUCGUGCUGCCUCUGUUGGUAUCAGAAUGCCUGAUGGGAUCAUGGCUGCCUACCCUGCAACACUUCUGCAAGCAACUGCCUCACCAUCCCGCCUGCUGACCCUUAUGGACCCCCUGCUUCCUCUCAGUGUGCUGUCUAAAUGUCUGAGCGCCUAUGCAGGCACCGAGCGAGUGCCAAUUGAUGAACGUGCUCUUGAAAAGCAGAGCGCUCUCAGUCAAGUAAAGAGAGGGACAGCUUUGUUUCUGAGAGACAUUCGUCAGGGCGCCACAUCCUGGCUGAGUUCAUUCAUGGAUGGAAAAAAAGAGAAGGGGAACCUAGAAACCAUGAGAACAAGCGUUUCAGAGGCAGCCUUAACAGAAGAAAGCACAGCUCACUUCAGGGGUUCGCUAAAGAGCAAGACCUGCCAGGAUUUAAGCAGGCAUCAGUAUGUUGAGCAGGAUGGGAAUCAGAACCAACAUCUCACACAAAACAAGCACAGCUUGAAGUCCCACAAACAGAACACAGCCAAAGGGCUGCAGAAUGGUUGUGGAAAUGUUCAGCGGCCACUUUCUACCUUGCCUGUUCAGCCAGGACAGGAUGGCACAGAGCAACUUUCUCCUCUCAGCCCCCAAAUGCAGGGAGGAAGCUUCUUUCUGUCAGAGAGUGAAAGUGACAGUGACACAUCUGGACAAUGCUUGAAGGGUGAAAGCCCUAUACAUUUAAAAGAGAACAUCCCUCCAUUUCACUCCAGUGAGGGCAGUACACUUGGAUUCCCAGAAGGAUUCCAGCCCCUGCGUUCUCAGAAUGGUGUUGCUAACAUGACUCUACAGACUUCAGCCAUUGUGCACAACCCCUACAUGUCUCCCCUGCUGGCUCCUGAUAAUAUGCUGCAAGGCUUACCCCCUAUUCAUAUAGUGGCCUGCGCUCUGGAUCCGAUGUUAGAUGAUUCUGUCAUGUUUGCCAAGCGUCUGCGAGCGCUGAAUCGCCCAGUUACACUGCAGGUGGUGGAAAACCUCCCUCAUGGAUUCCUUAGUUUAUCUCAACUGUCCAGAGAGACUCGUGAAGCCACAGCAGUUUGUGUUCAAUGCAUCCGUCAGGUCCUGCACAAUGAGGCACCACCUCCUCCACCCACUGAGCCCCGAAAGCACAGAAAGCUUGAACGGACCCUGGGGAAGAACCUUGUGACUGAGAGAGAGAUUGGAGCUUGAGAAACUUAUGUUUUAAUGUAGUCCAGUAAGAAAUAGAGCACUCCUCUUUAACACAUCACCUCAACUAGUAAUUGCUUCUUCUGUACAUGUUACAAGUCACUGAGGUACUAACCAGAAGGCUGCUAUGUUUUUAUUUUUCUUUGGUUUUGCAACAAGGCGCCCUGGAGCUGGGUUGUUUUUAUGUCAUCUCAUAGAUUUAAUAAUCCCCAAUUGUAAUGGGAAAGCCAAAUAUAUUCCCACUGGCAGGUGGAAUGUCAUUUGGUUACAGGUAUCAGUAUUCUCUGAGAGAAUGAAUCGCAACAGAGCAUUUAAGUUUGGCUGAGGAUUCAUGCCCACACCAGCAAAAGGCCCAGCACAAGUGUCUUUUUUUAUUUUGUUUCUAAUAAUAGAUGGGGCUGUCGUAUUGCUUACUGCACACAGAAGCCCCAUGCAACGUAUUUCUGCACUUAUCCUGGACCCCUGAGCUGCUCACUGUGUGUGAACUUUACCUUUAGAUAAAACAAUGAGGGGAUGGUGGCACCAGAGAAACCCAGAGAUUAAAGUGCAUUAUUACAAGCAAAAUGAGGGACACUUGUGUCAGGCGUUUAUUUAGCCAUGGGAACCCGGCAGACAAGAGGCAGGAAGACAUGAUAUUUCCCACCAAAGAUAGUUGUAUGCAAAAUCUAUUUUAUGCCACAAACCAAAAGGAGCCCCAAAACAUACCUCAUAGAUAUACAUUACCUAUGUAUAUUAUAUCCCUUGUAUGUAUAUAUUGUGCUUUGCUGCCCUCGGAAGGUUCAUAAAACCACUCUAGAUUUAGUUCUUGCAUUAGUGUGAUAACCAUUUAAUAUAGUUGUCCGUUGCACAGGCCCACAGGUAGAGGGGGUGCACUAUAGACCCACACCCCUGUCCCUGGUGAAGAUCACUGUUCUGGACCAGCCAUGGCCUACCUUACAGCCCACUUGUGUAGGUGGCAGCAAUCCCUAGUUACUCCACUGAUAGUUGUGUGUUUUACAAAACAAUGGGGGACAGUGUCAGAUAUUGCACAUUUUGUUAAAGUGACCUCUCUCAAAAAGGCUGAAUGUGAACUCUUUGGGGUGUUGUGUUGUCCAUAACCACUGCUUUUUUAUCUUCUACCAGAACAGCUGCAGUUUCAUGUGUCUCUAUGUGUAUGUGAGCAACUGUGCAGCCAUUUUGCCCCUGCAAGUAUGUCUGCAUAGUGAUUGUACAUGUAUGUGUGUCUGUAAAUAUCAGCAUUUGUGAGAUUUUACGUUUAUUCUGUGUAUGUGUGCCAUUUUACACUUGUUAUAUAUGUGUGUGUGUAUAGAGACAGGAGUUCAUUAGGCAGAAUUCAGAUUGAAUUCAUUGUGGGAAUUUCUUGGUGCAACAGUCCAUAUCAUUUGGUUCUAGUUUCAGUGUCUCUAAUCGCUGUGAUUCAAAUGGGAAAUGUGAAUUUUGCCUAAAGGAGUCAAUCGCUUCUGUGUAUUUUUUAUCUUUUAUAUGUGUAAAUUGUUAAUAUUCAUAUUUAUGUGUCAUUUUGUAGAUAUCUGACUCUGUACAGUAUAAUAGUGCUUUUACUUUGUACAUACAAACAUGUAAUGUUCUGAAAUCCCAUGUACAGUGCGUGUGCAUCCAUAAGAACAUUCUAUAGUGUUUGUACUUUUACCACCUUCCAGAUGAUAAAUACAGAGCUGUAGCUUGAGUUUUAAAAGCAGGUUAGUUCUGUUUGUUAUAGGUGCUGCUGCUUGGUGCAAGCAUAGGGGAAAAAACACUUUUCUCCAAAUGUUUGUACUCUGCAAAUCUGUUUCAUAUAAUAUAUUUAAAAACAUGGCUAUAAAUGAUGCAUUUAACACACUAAACUUAAUGUACCAGCCCAGAGGUGCUGUAGCCCUAUAGCAGCAGUCCAGGUCUUUAAAACCAGGCCUUUAAAGUUGUCCACAGCAUCUCCCCUUCUUGGAUCAUGUUAGGCCAUCUUUUGUAUGUCAGUGACACUGCACAUGCUCAGUUCUCUCUGGGCAGCUGUUAGGAAACUAAUCUUAUGGGUCAUCAAUUCAUUACCAGAGAGUGAGGUUACAUAGAACAUCAUAGAAGUUGAUAACACAGGGCUGAUUAUUAAUCAAUUUUGAUGCAGAAUGCACUGGUUUCUAGGCUGCCAUGUAAUGCGAAUCUUAAUUAAUCACUAACCUUUUAACAUAACUUGUAUACAGUGUAUAUUGUACACAGUACAUUGUGAGUCGGUCUCUAAACCAAGGUAACUGACAGCAGCCCAGAGUAUGUGCUGGGAAUCAGCUAUGUUAGAAAGGAUUUACAAUUUUGCCAUUGUAAACAAUAAAAGUAACCCCCAUCAUUGCACAUAAACCAGGCUCCGGGUGCAGAAUAACACAUGGCUGUAUGUUCUGCUCCACUUGUAUGAUUCAAGGUCAAUGUGAACCCUGCUGGUAACAAGCAGUAUGUGUAUUGCCUUAUGUUUCUAUCAAUCAGAAAAGGUGGGUUUAUUUUGGUGCUGCUGUCUCUUAGAAGCCAUGUAUAUCGGUUAAGCAGACAAAUGUCAGUAUUUCGGGGUUCACUCAUUGGGAUUUGGUAUUAUGAGCACAAAGAGCAAAUCAAGUACAAACCUUUCUAACGUUUCCCAUUUAAAAUUUUUAUGCCAGUUUCUGCUUUUAAAUGUUUUCCAGGAGGCUGGGUUAUCUGUGGAUUUUAGUUGAAUUUUUUUUAUAUCCACGCACCCCCUGUAGUGUACAAUAGAGCUGCUUUUUAGAAUAUUAUUUGCAAUUCAACAGUUAUACUCAGACGUGUCUAAUCUUUUAUGCCUAUUGCUCCUUUCUGAAAAACAGGGCAAUAUACAUUACUAUUAUGUUCAAUAUAUUCCAAAUAAAUAGGGCUUGUACUGAA